ACCAUGACCUUGGGUUUUGGCUGAUCAUCUGAAUGAAACGCGGCGCGCCCCCGGCUGCCAGGCUGAGAAAAGGCGCAUCCUCCUCCUUUUACAUUUCAGUCACGCAGCUUUGCUCAGAUUUGAGAUGAAGCGAGGGGUACGUUUUUUUCCCGGUCGCAGCUCGCAUCAGUAAUUUAAAGAAUUAAAAAAAGAGCGUGCUUGGCAUCGAUGCCAUUUCGUUGUCUGCGUAAACAUUUCGGGAUGUAUCCUGGACAAACAGCCAUUUGAGUGCGUUAUUUUUGGAUGAUCUGGAUUGCUUUCUGCCGCACCUCGUCGAGACGAGUAGCGGACGAUAUCCGAUAAAAUUAAGAGUUUCCCUUGGAACAUUUCAUGUUUUUCCACUCGUCCGUUUACAAAAAUAUUUAGCAUAUAUAGGAUUAAUUGUGGCAGAAUUGGAUAAAGGGCUAUUCAUGGUUUGUACUAAUUGAGAUCACAGCUGGCGAUACAUUGCGAUGCUUAUCAUCCAAUAGCAAUGAUGCGAUGGCGUGAGAGCAGUGAAAUAGCUCAGUAAGGUGAUGGACAAUGUCCAGUCCAGCGGGCACAAGACAGCUGCGCUCCUGGUCCUGAAUGCAGCGGAGAGAGACACCUAACCUGGUGUCACCGUCUGCGCCGGAUGCUGCGCCGAAGAAUGGGAUACUCCGACCCAUCGUCGGGUAAAGAUAUACUCGGCAAUCGAUCUCUUUGUUUCAUAUUUAUUUGCGCAUUUGGACUUGUCACACUAUUGCAACAGAUUCUAUAUGGGAAGAACUACAUUAAGAGUGCGCAACAGUUUAGCCGACUCAAAGGGGACGAGACAGGAAAUUGGACCGGUCCCGUUAAUUUCUCGGAUGACGGAUCUCUGAAGCCUGCCAGAAAUGGAAGGAAAAGAUGUUUCCGUCAGAAUUUUCAGCCAGAUUCACAGCUCUCCGUAAUAGUCACACCCUGCCUAGCCGAUAUUAAGAAGAAAAAAAAACGCUCUCAAAGGUAUCUGGACAAUUAUGAUGGCUCCUUUGACUACAACUCCACUGCAUGCAGGGAGCUCAGACAGGAGAUUAUGGACAUCAAAGUCCUGACAAUAAACAUGGUUAAUCGGAAAAAACAUGGACAUGGGUAUCCUUCCUCAUUCCACAAGUCUCUCUGCCUGUCUGCCAGGGUGAAAACCUCAGACCUGUUUGAGAGAUGGCGAAACCUGCAGGUGUGUAGGUGGGAGCAGAACAAGGAGGAGGCCAGCAACUUUAAGAUGUCUCUAUCUCGCUGCUGUAAUGCUCCUUCCUUUUUGUUCACCACCAAGAGGAACACUCCUGCAGGGACCAAGCUGAGGUAUGAGGUGGACACUAGUGGUAUUCUUCCAAUCACCACCGAGGUCUUCAAGAUGUUCCCUGAUGAUAUGCCGUAUUCCAAAUCACAGUACAAGAAAUGUGCUGUUAUUGGAAAUGGCGGCAUCAUCAAGAACAGCAAAUGUGGAAAGGAAAUUGACUCAGCAGAUUUUGUGUUUAGGUGCAACAUACCACCCAUUAAUGAGAAGUACUCAGCUGAUGUUGGCACUAAAACAGAUCUGGUGACAAUAAAUCCAAGUAUUAUUACUGAGAGAUUUCAGAAGCUGGAGAAAUGGCGGCGGCCGUUUUAUGAAGUCCUCCAGAAUUACGAGAACUCCUCAGUGGUGCUUCCAGCUUUCUACAACACCCGCAACACCGAUGUAUCCUUCAGAGUCAAGUACAUGCUGGAUGACUUUGACUCCCAAAGAGGCGUGUUCUUCUUCCACCCACAGUAUCUGCUCAACGUGCAGCGUUUCUGGGCUGUUCAGGGCGUCCGGGCCAAACGUCUCAGCAGCGGCCUGAUGCUCGUGACCGCUGCCUUAGAGAUGUGCGAGGAGGUCCACCUCUACGGUUUCUGGGCGUUUCCCAUGAACCCCUCUGGCAUCUUCAUCACUCACCAUUACUACGACAACGUCAAGCCACGGCCGGGCUUCCACGCAAUGCCCCAUGAAAUUUUCAACUUCAUUCACAUGCAUACUCGCGGGAUCAUCAACGUACACACGGGGCAAUGCACAUGAUCCCUCACUCCUCUGCUUUAAUGUGGAAGCUCAACAUUUUACUUUUACCGUUUAUUUUAAAGCAGGUUUACCUGGCGUGUUUCAUUUCAGUGAAUGACACAGUUCACUAUUUCCUCCCUGUUUAAAAAGAGAGUUGGCCUUCGGAGUGUACACUUCUUCAACUACUCGUUGAAGGUUGCUUGCUUUAAUUGCCAACAUACUUUUUGAUGCGUACUUUAAGUUGUUUAUUUAGCCAAUCAAAUCACUAUGGUUAUCUUUGACUCUGACCAUAGGAUGCUUGUUUUUAAUGUGAAAAGUGGUCUUCAUAGUGAUGUUGUUUCUGUGAAGUUUUCUAGUGGCUCUGCAGUACAGAGGUGUUGUUUUCUACUCAACGUUGCACAGGUAUUUAUGCUGAAACGAGACCGCAGUGGGUGUCUUGGUGCCCCCUCAUUCCCCCCUCUCUUCUUCUCUCUUUCUCUUGGACACUCUGUGGGUGUGGCAGCUUUUAAUGUUUGUGUAAAACAAAGUCUGAACCUUGAUAUUAAGCUAAUAUUAAAAAAAAAAUGAAAAAAAGGAUAAAAUUGUAACAUCCAGUUGUCUACUUUUGUAAACUAUUUCCUAUUCACCAGAUUCGCUGGGUGAAUAUUUUAAAACACUAUUAAAAUGGCCUGUUUUCAGUGGCCUACUUUCUCCCAUUUAAAAUUUCCUGGUAAAAAAUAAAAAGGUGUAUGAGAAGAAGUGAGGAUGUUUUUUUUCCCUUUUCUUUUUUGGCUCGUCACGGAUAAAUAUUUUGCAAUGACACCACCUCAGCACACCUUUCAAGGCCAUCCAAUUUGUAAAGCAACAGAGCACUGUUGAGCAACCCAGCCUCUCGCCGUCAUUCAUGUCUUAAGCCAUGCUGCCUUACGAGAUAUCAAACCCUUCUAUAUGAUAUGCAGUGCACCCAUGUGUUUUGUGUAUCUUCAAACACAUUAACAUCAAACUAAAUCUUAGAUUGAUCACUCAAAUCAAAGACGUUUAAGACUCUAUAAGGUACAGACGUUCAUGUGCAGUUCUCAGCUUCUAUUCUACUGGAAUUAGUGAAGUCUUAUUCUUGUAAGCGCCAUUCAUAAUCAUGUAAUGCUCUGCAUGACUUUACUCUGUACUUGGCUUUAUGUGUGCCUGCUUCAAUGAUCACUAAAAUAUGUUUACACUUAAGCCUCUACUGAAACUCAGUGCUUUUGGAGAUAUAUACACGAACCUUAUCACAGAAUGAUGAAUGGAUUCGUAGAAGUGAACUGUAUAAUAGUGGAUGCAGUGCUCAUUGAUUAAAGAUGCAAGAAUGAAGAUGGUUGCUGCCCUUUUGUAAAGCGCUAGAAUACUUUUAUGAACAAUGUAUUAUUUUCCCUUCCCUUUUGAUCUGUGAAUAUUUAGUUUGCACUCAAGAAAGCAUCGUGAAUUAAAGCACUGGAAAGCUGUGUGCGUUCUCACUGUUUAUUUGUAGUUGUACAUUGCAAAAGGUUGUAAAAGACUGUAAAUUAGUUUUUCGUCACUCAUCUGUCCAUGCUUGGCUGUGCAUUCGUCAUUUGUUUUUCCUUUGUAUUUCAAGGACAACAUUGCUAAUAAGAUUCAAACAUGCCGUUUCUUUCACUGUUUAUAUAGACUCUUUGUGUGUUUAUGCACAAAAGAUAUGAGUUCACCAAAUAUAAACACCAAAAAUAUUUGGCUUGACCACUAAAUUGUUGUACAGACACAACUUUAUCAGGAAUGGAAAAGGAAGGAACUGGUCUGUGUUCUGAAUGGAGGUAUUAUAUAAAACACAGUGCUUCUUUACUGACUCUGGAUCAUUCUUUAUACUGGUAUUGUGUUUGUAAAUAAACUUGUUUGGAUUUUCUCA